UGCACAGGGUGUUCUUUCACAGGUUGCAUCAGCUUCGUGUUCUCAAAUAUUCCUCUUUAAUUCGACGUUUCUUUGCUACUACAUCAGCUAAGAUGGUACUGGACCUUGAUCUGUUUAGGGUAGAUAAAGGGGGCAACCCGGAUAAAAUACGGGAGAACCAAAGUAAACGGUAUUCCGACGCGACUUUAGUCGAUCAAGUCGUAGAAGCCGAUUCUCAAUGGAGAAAAAUACGAUUUUCUUUGGACAACUGGAAUAAACUGCGAAACCUCUGCAGCAAGCAAAUUGGUGAGAAAAUGAAGAACAAAGAACCAGUUGGAGAUGAUGAUACACUUCCAAAAGAGAUUUUAGACAAACUUGAGUCUCUUACUCCUGAUGAAAUGCAGAAAUUAACAGUCAGUCAAAUCAAAAAUGUUCGCACAUUAGUGGAUAAAGGAAUGGAGACUUGUAAUAAUGAAGUGACAAGACUAGAAAAACAACGCAAAGAAAUGCUGUUUGAAGUUGGCAACCUCCUUCAUGAAUCUGUCCAUAUAAGCAACGAUGAGGAUGAAAAUCCAGUAGAAAAAACUUUUGGGAACUCUGAUGUACGUAAGAAGUAUUCUCAUGUCGAUCUUGCAUUAAUGAUAGAUGGAGUAGAUACAGACAGAGGUGCUGCUGUUGCUGGAGGAAGGGGCUAUUUUCUUAAGGGGCCUCUGGUAUUUCUUGAACAUGCUUUGAUUCAACAUGCAACAAGAAUGCUGUAUGAAAAGGGCUUUGUGCCAAUUAUGACCCCUUAUUUCAUGCGCAAAGAAGUUAUGCAGGAAGUGGCCCAGCUAAGUCAGUUUGAUGAGGAGUUAUAUAAGGUUGUAGGCAAGGGUGCUGAUGAGGCUGGUUAUGAAGAAAAAUAUCUAAUAGCUACAAGUGAACAGCCAAUUGCUGCUUAUCAUCGUGGUGAGUGGAUGGACAAGAAUGAUUUGCCAAAGAAAUAUGCUGGAUUCUCUUCAUGUUUUAGACAAGAAGUUGGCGCUCAUGGGCGUGACACCCGUGGUAUUUUUAGAGUACAUCAGUUUGAAAAAGUUGAGCAGUUUGUGAUUUGUUCCCCUCAUGACAACAUUUCAUGGGAAAUGUUUGAUAGUAUGGUCAAGAAUGCUGAAGAAUUUACACAAUCUCUUGGUAUUCCCUACAGAGUUGUCAAUAUUGUUUCUGGAGCACUCAAUAAUGCUGCAGCUAAGAAGCUUGAUCUAGAGGCUUGGUUUCCGGGUAGUGGUGCAUUCAGAGAGUUGGUGUCUUGUUCUAACUGUACAGACUAUCAAGCCAGACGGUUACAAGUACGCUAUGGCCAGACAAAGAAGAUGGGAGCAAGUACUGAGUAUGUGCACAUGCUGAAUGCUACAAUGUGUGCUGUUUCACGUGUUAUUUGUGCCAUACUUGAAAACUUCCAGGAAGAGGAAGGGAUAGCUAUCCCAAAAGCCCUUCAUCCUUACGUUCCCCAGGACCUGCAUUUCAUGAAAUUUGUGAAACCUGCUCCUAUAGAUGAGAAACCAGAAGCAAAGAAACACAAAAAGAAAGGGAAAUCUAAAGUGGCAAAUGCUGCUAAUGAGUCAGGCUGUCUUGACACUAAAAUGCAAUCUUUAAAUGUGGAAAAGUAAUGCUUUGUGAUGACAUAGACUUGCUCUAAAUUAAAUUAGAUUUGAGUCCGACUUUCAUGAAUUUUAUGAUAGAAAAUCUAAGAUGAAUAAAAGAUGUUUCAGUGGCUUUGAAAUAGGUUUUUGUGGUCUGAGUGCAACACUUGACACAAUUUUAUUUGAAAAGAUAAUAGAUUGCCUAAUUUGUUUUUUUCUGAGGUUGAGGUUCUGCUUUGCAGUGCAUUGUGUGACUGUUUGAGGGGUCAUGUUCCAAUGGUGUCUAUUUCGUCUCCUAAAACAAUCCUACAAUGCACUGCAAUACCAACUCGACCAGGUUUUUCUCCUCAACCUUGCAAUGGCUAAUUCAAGAGGACUUUCAUAAUGCUAUUUUCUAAGAUUAAACCAAAGCUGGAUUAUAUCUUGUAGCUAUUUGUAGUUUUGAUAACCAAACAUGAAUUAGCAUUUUCAUUUGAAAAACUGUGCCAGAAGACUAGAAAAAAGAAAAGAUAAUGCAACAUAAAACAAAAAAAAAAGGUUCUGGGAGUGCUUUAUUCUGCCUCCGAUACCAUCAUUCAGUCAUGCCUGGUUUUUCCACUUGACAAACUUCUAUCAAUCUUGGGAAGUUGAUAAAAUUUGACAUGAACUUAGCUAUAUUAUGGGCAGAUCAGCAAAUUUUAAUAUGGGCAAUAUGGGCCUUAUCACGUGGCAGCCAUGUUGGAUUGAACAAUAGAUUCCACCAGAGAGCGCUUGAGAAUUAAUUUAUGCUGGGCAACAGUGGCAUAACCAGGGAUCUUGCAGGGGAGGUGCAUAGGCAAUGAUUUGCAGAACCAAAAAAAAAAAAAAACCAGAAUGCUACAAUAUGCAGAUGGAAAGUGGUCUUCAUUUAAUCAAAGGAGAAAAAGGAGAUAGAUGAGUGGACUCUAAGCUUUCAUGGGGGGUGCACAUGCACCCUGUGUUCCCACUUGGUUAUGGCCCUGGAAAACAAAGGUUUUUAUUUUCAUUAGAAUAAUCAUGGCUGCCGUGUGAUAAAGGUCCAUUCUAGAGUGAUUUCACUUGGCAUGUGAAACAAAGUUGUAUUAUUUAGUGACUAACAGUCCAAGUAAAACAAAAACAAUGGAAUUUUUGUCUACUGUGUUAAUGUUGACUAUUCUUUCAUGAGCAAAGUAAAAUCACCAUGUUGAAACCAAUUGAUUCCAAGCUAGGAAAAGCUGUAAAAUUCACUGUAAAAAUUGAGCAUAUCUCUGAUCUCACAACCAUGAAAUUUCUUCCAUUAAAAUGGGUCUUACUUGCA